UGGCUGAUUCUCCGUGUGUGUGUGUGUGUGUCUGCUCUUCUCUGCUCAUAACAACAACCACAGGCUGAAGAACCUCGUCGAACCUCGUGGAAGCUCGUGGAAGCUCGUGGAACGUCGUGGAACGUCAGGUACAGCAGCGGCAGUUUGCUGCGUCAGUCAGGAUGGGUGGAGCUGUGAGUACUGGUGAGGACAACGAUGAUUUGAUUGACAACCUGAAGCAGGCUUACUACAUCCGCUCAGACCUGGUGGAGCGAGCUUUCAGAGCCAUCGACCGGGCCGACUAUUACCUGGACGAAUACAGAGACAACGCCUACAAGGACUUGGCGUGGCGACAUGGGAACAUCCACCUGUCUGCUCCGUGCAUCUACUCUGAGGUAAUGGAGGCUCUGGAUCUCCACCCUGGCCUCUCCUUCCUCAACCUCGGCAGUGGGACAGGCUACCUCAGCACCAUGGUCGGCCUCAUUCUGGGACCGUCUGGGGUGAACCACGGCAUCGAGCUGCACGCAGACGUGAUCGAGUACGCUUACCAGAAGCUCGACUCCUUCAUCAAAACCAGCGACAGCUUCGACAAAUUUGAGUUCUGCGAACCGUCCUUCGUCAUGGGGAACUGUCUGGAGGUUCCUCCAGAGAGCCGUCAGUACGACCGCGUGUACUGCGGCGCCGGCGUGCAGAAGGAGCACAAGGACUACAUGAAGAACCUGCUGAAGGUGGGAGGCAUCCUGGUGAUGCCUCUGGAGGACAAGUUGACCAAGAUCACCCGGACAGGCGUGAGCAGCUGGGAGACCAAGAAGAUCAUCUCCGUGUCCUUCGCCCCUCUGGUGCUGCCCAAACACAGCACCAACGGAAAACCCAAGACCGUCCCACUGCCCAGGUACGAGGUGCGGACGUUACAGGAACUGGCUCGCAUCUGCAUCCGUCACACCCUCAGAGUGACCACAGACGGCGGGGACGGCCAGUCGCGCGGCAGAGGCUCCUCCUUCAGCGUGGGCAGGGGUCUGUCGGUGGCCGGCCUCCAUAAGUACGGCCCGCGCUUCAAGCGCCGACGCGUCCACCGGCGCCACUGCAACAUCCAGGUGGUGGCGUCGCUGGACAGCAACAACAACCAGGGCGAGAGAGCGGUGGACGAGGAGGAGGCCACGGCGGCGGCGGAGGAGAGGGAGGCCCGACAGCACAUGAGAGGGAGCGGCAGGGUGACGAGGGGAGUGGUCAUGGAAGAGGAGGAGCCGGUGGAGGAGGUGGACGAGGAGGAGGAGGAGCCGGAGGAGGAGGAGGAGGAAGAAAAGGAGACCGGGGAGCUGCUGCGACCUCAGCCGGCCGUGAACGUCCUGAGGGAGCGGAUACUCGCUCUGCCGCUGCCCGAGCCUCUGAAGAUGUACCUGCUCUUCUACAGAGAGAAAUGAACCUUUACGCGGAGCAGCCGGAGCAGCCGGAGCAGCCGGAGCAGCCGGAGCAGCCGAGGCCUCCGUCACCACGAGGCAGGGACACAUCACACCUGCCCAAACAUGGCUCUCUCCCUCCCUCUGUUUCCCUUCAUCCUCUCAGUCAUCCAUUGUCUUUCCCUCUUUUUUCCUCUGCCUCUUCAGAGGAUGAGCCAGUAUUCUGACCACAAAAAAUCGAAUCCCAUUGUUACGUCCCAGCUCGUUAAAUAAAAGAAUUUAU